AUGGAAACUGGUUUGAGUGCCAGACAAACGGCCCGGUAUAUCUCCCGCAAACACCCAAGAAGACUUGUUGCAUAUGUCGACGGGGCUUGCGUCAAUAAUGGUCGGCUGGGACCUCACGCCGACUGGGCUGUCGUCUGUGGACCACCUGGAAAUGACCCGUGUGUUGCGUCCGGUCGGCUUGAGGAUAAGGGACCGUUUGGAGAGGACAUUAUCGUGACCAGCAACCGAGCUGAGCUCCGUGCAGCCAUUGCCGCGCUGCGUCUUUAUGAUUGGCAAGAUGAGGGUUUCGAAAGGAUUGUUAUUGCAACCGACUCAAAUUACGUCGCUGAGGGCGCUACUACCUGGGCCCAGGGCUGGGUAUUUCGGAGAUGGAAGACACGCACCCACAAUGACGUCAAGAACCAAGACUUGUGGGAGCUGUUGCUCGGCGGGGUAGAAAGACGGUAUGACCGAGGUCUGCGGGUCGAUAUUUUGCAAAUCUCAAUGAGUUACAAUGCUCAUGCCGAUACGGCGGCGAAAGAGGCGGCCCGCAACGGCGUAGCCAUUGCUGAGUUUCAAGAUAUCACUUUUGGGUCUUCUCCACUCACAAAAACAGGGCGUUAUGAGGCUUUGUACACUGAAAACGGAGGAUAUAUCGUGGCCGCAGUCGAGUUUGCGAGAGUUGAGAUGGGCAGGCUCGGCUGUAUUGGUAAUAUGUUUGGAAACGAGGAUACUGAUGCCGUUACUUUGGCUCUGUGUGGACUUCUCUAA